UAUUCGACUUUUUCCGCUGCUCGACCCACUAGGACCCCGCCAGCUUCUAUCUGGGCGGUUUAGCUUGGGGCUAAGUGAGAAGGAAAUAGAGAUAGUGGACUCGGCGCGGUGGACUCAUGGGUGGUGGACCACUGGUUACAGUCCUCGUUUGACUCAGGGACCCAGGGUUGCGCGUGCGAAGCCAAAUUCGAGCUGUGAAGUCGUUGAUGGGAUCUGCUCACUUAAAAAUGUCGAUGCUGACCUUAAAUCAGUCCGCCCCUGUUUUUAUCAUAUCAUUUAAAGAUGGAGACUACCCAGGGUUUCGAUGCAAGAUAGAUGCCUGCCUGCCUGCUUUGUGAAUUGAUUUUAUGACAUGAAUUAUCCACUUUCUGGGCGGCCAAAAUUUUCCGGCUGGUCUCCUCCUGUCCGUCAAUAAGAAGGGAGAGCGUGGAGUGGGACAAUAGUGCGAAGAGUCGCCAUUGCUGCAUCCAAGAGCUCGGUCCCAGGACAGAUACCAUGUCGAACAAGGCUGGGGGCAUCGCUCCGAACCACCUUCCCCCAAAGUCGUCGGUGCAGACGAGGUGGCAGUUCAUUGACUCCUCCACUGAUAGCCGCCACAAUCUCACCCAAGUCAAGCGACAUGUUAUGCAAGAAUACAUCCGUCAAAAGCGGGAUGGUACCGGCCAACAAGAUGGGGAUCAUCCCAACCCUAGUUACAUCUCGCGUCCGAGCUCACCACAACCGAAGCAAGUCAGCGACCUGUCGAUUCGGCCAAAAAGAGGCCGAAAGAGCAAGAUGAAAGGCACCCGGAAACAGGGAAGGCUGUCUGAUAAGGAUGCCAUAGACAUUGACAACGAUUCUGUCCGGGUAACUGCGAGCUCCGGAUAUACAAGCAUCACCCCCGUUCGUGGAUCUAGCCCUAAGCCUUCUGGACCUGCACUCAACGAUCCUUUCCGCCGCCCGGCAACAGAUGGCCAUAGCGACAGCCUCGAAUUUGGCCUGCUGACACCCUGUUCAUUCUCCGGGACAUCCCCCGUCGACAUGCCCGUUUCUCCCAAGAGCAUUAUGAGUGCCGCACGCACCGAUCCCUUCAACAGUCUCCCCAUCGAGCUGGACCUUGAGGGCAAGGAACUGUUCGAUUUCUACGUCAAUGUCAUGCCGGCGUGUUCUUACGGCGCGCACUUUCGUUCUCAGAAUGCGCACAAUUGGUACAUCGAGGUGUUCGUGCCGCUCGGCUUAGAAGGCCCUGUCGCGUUCCAAAAUACGAUUCUCGUCCAUGCCGCCAACACCAGGAAUUGGGUCCGCAAGGAGACAGAGACUGUGGAUGCCGUCGCUCAUAGAGACAAGGCAACGUCGAUGCUGCGCGAGCUCCUGGAACGGAAUCGAAAUGAUAUCUCCGACGAGGCCAUCAUCUCUAGUUUGAGCGCUGCAGCCCUUGAGGACUUCGAUCCGCGUCCUGGGCACAAGGAGAUCAGCUGGUACCACAUGCGAGGGGCGCAGGAGAUGAUCCGUGCCCGUGGUGGACCGGCAGCAUUUAGGAAUACACGACUGGCAAAGCUGAUCAAUUGGCAGGACUACAUUUUAUCCGGGUAUGAAACAUAUGGACCGAGUUUCUCCUUCGAACCAAACGCCUGGCAACAUGUCCAGCCGUUGUACACAGGUCCUUUGGGGACCCAUUCCGUCCCGUCUCCAUUUUACCAGCACGGCGUUUAUACAGGGUUUCCCAGCCAGCCCAUGUGGUCCGCAUCUUCCUUGCCGACCGACGAGAUUCAUCAACAGUGCACCGAGUUUGUCGACUUCCUCAAGCACUGCGAACAACUCUCUCUUGCCUCCCGAAAUGAUGUGAACCAGGAUCCUAGGUCUCGGCGCUACCAGGCCUUCGCAGAAACUUCGCUUCUGUACCAAAUCCUCACCGUGCCUCCGAUGCUCCGCUUGACGGCAUCGGGGGAUCGUAAACAGUUUGUGGCGCGAUUCGUUGCCCUCGUGAUGCUGAAUGCUGCGCUCUGGGACUAUCGAUACUCCACGCUCCAUACCGAAACAUUCCUGGAGACCUUGGAGGAGAGUAUGCGGAGGAGUGAAGUGGACACGAGUGGCUCUGUCGAAGCCCUCCUACAGAUCCUGCUCGCCUGUAACGAUAUCGCUGUCGAUUCAGAAACCGCAUUGCUGGACGGGUUAAGCCUUCCCGACUUCUCCCACUAUUCUCCCACGACGCAAAACCCAUGGGGUCGACCGUGGUUUGCCGGACGCAUGUUAAAGGUCACGAAACGGCUCAGUCGCGACUCGUGGCUAUGGGUCCAAGAACUACUCUUUGCCUGCCUGUCAAUGGGGCUGGUAGAUCCUUGCGUAUCGCGGCAGGAGACCCUUUUACGGCAGGAAAUCCUCGAUGCCCCGUCCACCUGCUAUGUGAUGCCUGCUCUAUGUUAAGCAAGGGAAAAAAAAAAAAAAAAAAAAAAACCCC